AUGGCAGGAUACGAAGCGGACGGAGAUGCAUCCAUCAAAGCAUCUGUUGCUUCUGCUGUGUUCAAAGUGCGCUGUCAGAGCACAAGACCUGGCGAGGCCGUUUUCGUUGUGGGUAGUCAUGAGGCUUUGGGAAAGUGGUCUGCAGCCAUGGCGUUGCCAUUGACGACCUCUGCGGACACGUUUCCCAUGUGGACCUCUGCUCCAGUACCAUUACUUGCAGGCAUGAUGGUCGAGUACAAGUUCAUCAAGCAGCGAGAAGAUCGUCAAGGAAAUCCACAAUGGCAGAAAUUUGAUGGAAACUACCGCGUCACACCAGUUGCAGGCAAAGUACUUCAAGCCGUGUCAGACUGGGAAGUCGCUUCGGCGGACAUUUCCGAGCUGACGCUUCCGGAAGAGCCAGACAAGAUUGAGAAGAGCUCCGAGGCUGGCAAGGAGAUUCUUCUAAAAAUGGCAGAAUCUCAAGUCGAGACAGCAGCUGCGGAGGUGACAUCAACUUGUCCCUUGGCCGUAACCCUGACAAAGCGGGAAAUGAGCCGUCGGAAUUUCUCUCAAAGUUUGCUCACUUUAGACGUGGACGUUGUCGACGGCCCAAAAGAAGAGCAAAACGAGAACAAGGAUGAGGCAGAAACGACCAUCACCACUGCUUCAGCAGAAGAACCAGCACAGGAAGAGCAUAAGGAUGGGGAUGUAGUGGUUUGUCAAGUGCCAUUGGACGAGUACGAAGCGCCGCUGAACGAAGAGCCUCCGACUGAAGAGCCUCAGAAGGUCCCAGAUGUCCGGGGAGUGUCGUUGAAGCACAUUACGAGUUUCUCCGCCUUGGCGGACGUGGCCGAUGCAGCGACUAAGACUGAACAUCGAAAGGGGAAGAAGGUUGCACAGUCACACUAUGAUCCCUACAACCUGAACGUGCCUGUGGUGAUCGUUACCAGCGAAGUUGCUCCUUACUCUAAGAAACUUGCCAGAAGUUGCUUGUGA